UACUGAUGUUCAUAAUUUCUGUCGGACUCGCAUUUACUUAUGCCGUGUCAAAGUGUUGGGUCAUUGGGAACUUAUUCGCUAUUAGUCUUGCCACCAGCGCCAUUGCUUUAUUAUCGGUCGAUUCCUUUUUCACUGGAUUUCUUUUAUUGUUGGGUAUGCUGGCAUUUGAUGUAUUCUGGCUAUUUGGAACAGACAUCCUGGAGAAUAUAUCUGAAGCUCUUACAAACACACCUACCAGUGUCGUUUGGCCUAGAAAUAUCAAUACCUAUCUAUUCAAUAAGGUUAUGAAAACAGAUCAUUAUUUCACCAUGUUUGGUUUAGGAGAUAUAAUUGUACCAGGUAUCUAUAUCGCUUAUUGUCUUCGAUUUGACAAGUUAAAUUCAUGGAAGACUGCGUCAUCCAAAAGAAAUAGCGAUUUCACAACUACCCGUUUCUCAAAGCCAUAUUUUACAGCUUCUUUGUUAGCCUAUAUUGCUAGUGCAGGCGCAUCGAUAUACACAGUUCACUUUACCAAGAAGGCUCAAUCUGCCUUGCUUUUCAUUGUCCCUGCUUUAAUCCUUUCCACACUUUUAACUGCUUUAAUCAGAAACGAAUUAAGUACUGUAUUAAGCUGUUCCGAUGUUGUUAAGACAUUUGGCAAGUUAUGUUCAUUCAGUGCCAAUGAUGAUGAUAAUGAGGAGGAAGAGGAGGAUGACGAUGAAAGACCCAACCGAUACAAGAAAGUAACUAGAAGUACUACUACUACUACUACCACACGAGGUGGAAGAAGUGUAUCAAGAGGUGGAACUAGAACCAAGUCUGCCAUCCGAAAUUUAAGCAUUGAUAUGUCGAGCGAAUCUGAUGACUGCAACUUUGAGGCCAAACAAAAUCGUACCAUCGAAGAAGAUGUGGUCGCAGAACAUGCUGGACCAAAGACUAGAAAGAGAAGAGGCUCCAGUAAAGCCAGUAAAAAGUAA